AUAACACUUAACUUUUAAUCUCUAUGAAAUACGAACACAACCUUAAAAUUAAAUUUCAAUUUCCGAAAGUCUAAAGUAAAACUUUCGAAGAUUAAUAGGAUAAUUAUUUUGUAUGCUUUCCAAGUAAUGAUUUGUUGUUCUGUUAAAAAAGAGGAUUGAUAUCAAUAAUGGCAAAUUGCAUACGAAACGCUGUCGGAAAAGUGAGGCACAUAAAUUCAACUUUAAUUAAAAAGCAGUCCUUGGAAGCUAGACCCUUGUUGAACGAAUCACUGCAAUUGAUACCCUUGAAAUCGGAUUACUUAAAUAUAAAAUAUGUAUCUCAAAUAGCUACUUGUGUAAAUUACAAAGACAGAUCAGAUGUCCCACAGGGGGGCAGAAGUCAUUCACUGAUCUCUGACAAUAGAGAACUUGCUAGUGAUGUUGUUAUUAAAGAACAUAUACCAGUGGAAAGGUAUUAUUUAAACAAAUUAGCACAAUCUGUACCAUGUGGGGACAAAAAAGAAGAGCAUUUAGUUUACACCAAUGAGGCAAGUCCAAGUCUAAAGCAAGAGUCUAGUUCCCCAUUAGAUAAACCAAAACCUGAAGAUUUGAAUAAAAUUUUUGAAGUCUUGAGUAGGACUCUGCCAAAAUUAUUCAUUGAGCCUUUGGAUUAUAGUAUUUAUCAUCCAGAUUUAAUAUAUGAGAAUAAUAUAAGAGGAACCAAAACGGUAGGUUUGUACCAUUUCAUUAAAGACGUAGCUCUAUUACGUACUGUUGGUCAUUUAAAAUAUGCAUAUGUGAAAUUAGAGGUGUUGAAGAUUACCCAACACCCAGAAGAUUCAACAAUAAAAGUUAGAUGGCGAGUCAGGGGUGUAUCAGGGUUGUCUGUGAUGAUGAAAUUUUGGAAAUAUAAAAUAUGGAAUUUGAAGAAUAUUAUAGAGCAAUCUGACACGUGGUAUGACGGAUUUUCAACCUUCUAUGUAAAUGGUAAUGGCGUAAUCUUCAAGCAUAUAGCAGAUAAGAUGAUGCCAGAUUCUGAUGGAGCAAGAUCAGAAGUUCGUGUCUCGCACGAGGAUGCUGCUAAGCUAAUGCUUUUAGUAGGUAUAAUUCCUAAAGUUUCAAGUGUAAUACAGUGAUAUGAAAAUAGUUCCAGUAUUUCAUGAUAUAAUUAUUUAUUGUUGAAAUCGUCAUUUGUAAUAAUAUUGUGUAGUUUAAUUUAAUUUUGUAAUUACUGUAUAUAGCAAUGAAUAAAAUUCCAAACAAUGACAGCGUGUGAA